AUGGAUCUGGCCUGGCCUGGUCUGGUCUAUCUCUGUCUGCCAUUAUUCGGUCUAAGACGAAGUAUCUACUUACAGCCGAAGCACAACAGAGUUGUGAAGACGGGGGGAACCAGCCCAUCCAUUGAUACAUGUAUCGAGCGAGCCCUGACACAGCUACUUACAAGCUCCCAGCUUUCAAAUUACAAUAAAUCCCCUCGUCCCUCAAGCUUCCAGUUCAUCCCGUCCUUUCUCACUUCCUCUUCUCGUCCUCCGUGCUUCCACCUCUUUUGCUGGCUCUCUACCAUACUUGCUGUAGUUGCUGUCAGCUGCUUUGCUUCGUUGUUUGUGCUCCUCCAUAAGAUACCACUCAACAACCAUCCGUACCUACUCGCAUCCACCACCGUCAUACCCCCCCACCACCGACACCCACUUUCUGUCCCUCUCGGUCGGACGGGUGUUAAUAGAGUAGAGCUGUGCUCGCCUGUCAUCGAAGCUCCUCCCUACUCUCUCUCUCCCCGGUAG